AUGAGCUUCCAUCAAUACGACGGACCCGCAGGCGAAUUCGCCCAGAACCACGGCUUCUCCCAAGCUGUUGUACUGCCUGCGUCGGCCAAGAUCGUCAUCACGGCCGGUCAGGCAGGGUGCGACUUGAAGACAGGCAAGGUGGUGACAACGUCUGCGGAGGCCCAGAUCUCGGCGGCGUUUGACUGCGUCGAGGCGGCGUUGAAAAAGGCCGGCGUCGAAAAGGGCCUGCUGGGUGUGCACAAGUUCCUGACAUUCAUGCUCGACACCGACCUUGAACCCGUCAUGAUGAAGAUCUGGCGCGAGCGAUGCCCUGGUCACCGGCCAACCUGGACGUGUGUCGGCUCAUCGAAGCUGUGCUUUCCUGAAAUGAUUGUCGAGAUUCAGGCCGAGGCGACAUUGUGA